AUGGACCUCGCUGUACAGACGCGCCGUCUGGUGCUUGGCCUGCCGCCCAACUCGGCGCCGGCGCCGGACUGGAAUGUACCGGGAGUGCGUGCGCGCUACUGGGGCCUGCUUAUUCCUCUGUACCUUAUUAAUGAAGGCGCCAUUAUCGCUACCGAGCUGGCCGAGCUUAUCGGAAGUGCGAUCGCGUUGAAUCUUCUUUUCCCCAAGCUGCCGCUCUGGGGCGGCGUGCUGGUGACGUCGGCAGAUGUCUUCCUUGUCUUGGUCCUGUACCGUCCCAGCAUGAGUGUGCGCAUCUUUGAGAUGCUAAUUGGCGUACUUGUCAUGAUUGUGCUCGCGUGCUUCAUCGUGCUCAUCGUGCGUGUGGACCCAGACUGGGGCGACGUGUUUUACGGCUACGUGCCUUCGCCCAAGGUCGUCCAGGCCGACAGCUUGUACGUCUCGAUCUCGAUUCUUGGCGCGACAAUCAUGCCGCACUCGCUCGUGCUCGGCUCGCACUUUGCGACGAUCGACCGCCUACACGGCUACGAAGAGGUCACUUCCUCGGUCGGCUCGGACGAUGAGAACGAGGAAGAUGAGCCCGAAAGACGCACCGUCACGCGUACGGCCUCGGCCAACUCGAUCCCGAGCGCGAAUCGCGUGCGCUCGUCGAACUUGUGGCGCACGGCACGCAACCUCUAUCGCCGCCUGAUUUCCAAGCAUAUCCAGGUGCCCGAGGUGGUGCAGGACGACUCGCUCCCGCCGCAGCCCGCCUCGUCGCUUCGGCACAUCCAGCUGCACCUGAACCACGCGUCGUGGGACAUUGCCAUCUGCCUUGUCCUCUUUGCGAUCACGAUCAACAGUGCUAUUCUAAUCGUCGCGUCGGCCGCCUUUUACUACGGGCAUAAUCAGGACGGCGACAUGGAGGUGGUCGGCGACCUCUUCCAGGCGUUUGACCUGCUCCGCGAUACGGUCGGCAAGGUGCCCGCGAUCCUCUUUGCGAUCGCCCUGCUGACCGCCGGUCAGUCUUCAAGUAUCACCGUGACGCUCGCUGGUCAGAUCAUCUCGGAGGGCUUUAUUCACUGGCGCCUCACGCCGUUUAUGCGCCGUCUGUUGACGCGUGCGAUUGCCGUCAUCCCCUCGAUGAUUGUCGCGUCGAUUGCCGGUCGCCACGGCCUGGACACGAUGCUGGUCGCAUCUCAGGUUGCUCUGUCCAUGGCCCUGCCGUUCGUUUCCUUUCCCCUCUUGGUCCUCACCGGAUCGCCAUGGCGCAUGACGCGCGAAGUGGAAAACGACGAGCCGAACACGACCGCGGCUACCGCAGCGCCCACCGACUACGGUUCCACGACGCCGUUUGCGAACGAGGAGCCUAACUCGGAGCGCACAGCGCCGCGCAAGAGUAUCCUGUCCUAUGCGCGCGAAGUGUACCGUUUUGUCUGGCACCCCAACCGCCGCAUGGACUGCGAGGCGCCGGGCCCGACCUAUUUCCACGCCUUCCACAACAAUCUCUUCACGGCGGUCUUUGCGUGGGCUGUGUUUGGCCUGAUUUGUGUGGCGGAUGUGUACGUAUUGUACUCUACCCUAAAGGACCCCGCCAACGCAUAA